UGUGGGGCAUAGUUAACCCACUGGUUCUUACAUUUCUGCUGUGUGUCCAUUUUUUCAGAUAACUGGAAUGAUCAGCUCUGAACCUCUGGCUCUGUGGACUAAGGCCUUUUCUUGAUUCAGCAGGGGAGUCCCCUAAGAAACUAACCUCCAUAAUUUCUUCCCUUCCUCUCCUUCUAGGGAGGGGAUAGAAUUCCUGAGCCACCUGCCUGCCCACGUCACUGCAGCUCCCUGGUCUUGGUUCGGAGGAGAUGGAAAAGGGAAAUCACUCAACAGUGACCGAGUUUGUUCUCUCAGGACUGACAGAUCGUCCGGAGCUUCAGGUCCCUCUCUUUGUGUUGUUCCUAGUGAUCUACAUUGUCACCCUGGUAGGGAAUCUGGGGAUGAUCGUGUUAAUCAAGAUUGACUCCCGUCUCCACACCCCCAUGUACUUUUUCCUCGGUCAUUUGUCUUUCUCUGAUCUGUGCUAUUCCUCCAUAAUUUCCCCUAGGAUGCUGCUGAACUUCUUAGCCGAGAGUAAAAGGAUUUCGUACCAUGCCUGCGUGGUGCAAAUGUAUCUCUUUGGUACUUUCGGUCAUGUAGAUUGCCUCCUGCUGGCUGUGAUGGCAUACGACCGUUAUGUGGCCAUCUGUAACCCGCUGCUCUAUACAGUCACCAUGUCCCGAUGGCUCUGUCAUCAGCUGGUGGCUGGGGUGUAUGCCGUGGGCCUGCUGGACUCAAUGGUACACACCGUUUUUACAUUUAGUUUAUCAUUCUGCAGCUCCAAUGCCAUCAAUCAUUUCCUCUGUGAUGUCCCACCGGUAUUGUCGCUCUCCUGUUCCGACACACGCAUCAAUGAGAUUGUGAUGUUUGCCUCGACUGGCUGCUUGGUCGUGAGCAGCAUUGUGAUCAUUCUCCUCUCCUACGCAUAUAUCAUCACCACCAUCCUGCGGAUCCGCUCCGCCGAGGGCAGGCGCAAAGCCUUCUCCACCUGCACCUCCCACCUGACGGCCGUGGCCAUGUUCCAUGGCUCCCUCCUCUUCAUGUAUUUCCGACCCUCCACCAGUUACUCCCUGGACACUGACAAAAUAGCCUCUGUGUUCUACACGGCGGUGAUCCCCAUGCUGAACCCCUUGGUCUACAGCCUGAGGAACAAGGAGGUGAAAGAUGCCCACUGGAAAGUGAUGCACAAAUUGCUCACUUUCUCUUGAGCCUGUUUACUCCAUACUGCGUUACUGAUUGGGAGGUGGAAGCAGGAGAA